UCAAGAACAUGGCUCUUAAGAAGAAGAACACGAUAUUCCCAUUAUUUAAACAACUAAUUCAUUAAUUAAUAAUGUAUCUUUUCUUAAUCUGAAAUCGUUAACAUCGAGUUCGCGACGGUGCGUUUUAUAGGCUAAAAAGAUUUAAGACUAAUAAAGAAACUAAUUAGCAUAUUUACCAGAGUCGACCUAAUAAUUAAAUCACAAUUUAUAUUAAUAUCUAAAUAAAAAUGAAGAUCUCCGAUUUAUUUUUAUACGUUUUGCUUUUGAAAGGUGUGUUUGCUGAUUCAGGUGAAGUGGAGGUUCUAUCAGUAAUAGAGGGCGAUUCUGUCACUCUACACUCUAGUCUUAAUAAUAUAAAGAAAGUUGAGGUGAUCCUGUGGACAUUUGGAACUGAUCGUAUAGCCGAAAUCAACAAACUGAUCGAUAGCAUCUCAUUAUAUGUUCUUGACGAGAUAUUCAGAGACAGACUGAAGCUGGAUCAUCAGAAUGGAUCUCUGACCAUCACAGACAUCACAUUUAAACACGCUGGACUUUACAAACUACAGAUCAUUGGUGGAAAUGAGGUCUUUUCCAAGAGAUUCAAUAUUACUGUUUCUGCUCGUCUGCCUGUUCCUGUGCUCAUCAGAGACUGUUCUUCAUCUUCAUCAGUGCAGUAUUGUUCAGUGGUGUGUUCAGUGGUGAAUGUGAGCGCUGUGAGUCUCUCCUGGUACAAAGGAAACAGUGUAUUGUCCAGCAUCAGUGUGUCUGAUCUCAGCAUCAGUCUCUCUCUACCUCUGGAGGUGGAAUUUCAGGAUAAAAACACCUACAGCUGUGUGAUCAACAACACCAUCAGCAACCAGACCACACAUCUGGACAUCAACACACUCUGCUACACAUCUGACGGUGAUGAUACUACUGAGAUGGAUAAACUGAAGACCGUGUCAGUGAGUGUGGGAGAGUCCGUCACUCUAAAAUCCGGCGUCACCAAAAUAGACAGUUUUGAUGUGCUGCAGUGGAGGUUUGGAGAGCUGAACUCAGACGUCACGAACCCAUUUGUUGUCAUAAACAGACUGAAAGCAAAAAGUGUCGAUGGUGCGGCUGGACAUAAUGAGCAAUUCAAAGACAGAUUACAACUGGAUCAACAAAACGGAUGUCUAACAAUCAGCGAUAUCAGACCCACAGACUUUGGAAUAUAUAAACUAAAUUUCAGCAGAAAUCGGAGAAAUGUGAUCUCCAAGACAUUUAUUCUCCAAAAAUCGUCAGAGGACGCAGAGGCAUCAGAGACAGAAUCACUGAGGUCGACAUGAUCACUGGUGUAUAGUAACUGCUGUUAUCCUUACAAAACACGUAUGCUUUUAUCAACCUUUACAUCUGGGGAAAAAGCGUUAUUUGUAUUUGUACUUUCGACUUUAAACAUUUUUACAGAGCAUGUUUCAGCUGCAGUUUAGAUAUUUAUUACCGUUACAUAUUAUAGUAUGUUUUUUUGUUAGUGUGAGACAGUGCAGAGAGUUUAGGAGUUAUAAAGAACCUCAUCAGACUUUUCCAUCCAAACUCUCUCCAAGCUCUCCAGUUUGUAAUAUUUGCAUUGUGUGACACGCAUAUCUGUCCGGUCUUGCUGUUAUUUGUUGGUCUGACAUGUUUUAUGACAUAUGUUUAGAGCGAUGUCUGCCCUCUAGUGGCGAAUAUACAGAUUGCACACUUUCAAAUAUAACGCGAAUGGGAGGGUGCUCGUCUGAAAGUUCAACUUAAUCAGCGUUUUGAACAAAAUAUGAACUUUUUAUAACUUUUAAACACUAAUUAAAAGUGUAUUUUUUUUCAGUGUUAAUGAGCGAAUUGGUGAUGUUUGAACUCGUUGUUGCGUGCUUGUAACCUUGAAUAAAAAUCUAUUUGACCAAUGGUUUCUUUUGACAGCAAAUGUAGGUUAGAUUUUUGGUUUAAUGUUGACGCAACCUGUUUUAACAAACCUCUAUAUUGUCUGUUGUGCUGAUAUUCACAUGGAAGACGUUGCAUAUGUUUGUUAAAUGACAUAUAAUAUGUUUUAAUAUUUUAAGAGGAAGAAAAGAGAAUAACAAAGAACAAAGCGGUUGUCAUAAGGGUUGCAAAAUUAGGUCACAAUACAUUUGAAUCACAUUAUCACAUUGUUUACAAUGUCAUACUCAGUCCAUUUUUGC